AUGUUGGGCUUCACUGGAUACCAGCAAUCUGUUCCGGACUCCCCAUCCUCAAGGGAUUUUUUUAAUAGAUGGCGUUUGCCCAUCUCCUUCACCUCUGGCCGAGAAACGCCUUUCUCGUGGAUUGCUCCACCUUGGGCCUGGACGACUAUCAACUGUGACGGCUCUAUUCGAUCUUCUGCUACUGGCUAUGGCACCAUCAGCCACAACCACCUCAGUCAGGCCAUCUUCGCCAUCGUUGGAGGGACCUCGGACAUCAGUAUUCUUCGUAUGGAGCUGCUGGCCAUCAAGGUUGGCCUUCACAAAGCCAUCAGCCUCGGACUGGACCAAAUCCAAUGCCAAUCGGAUUCCUUGAUGGUGAUUAACAUCAUCAAUGGCCACAUGAAAUCCCCUUGGCCUGUCAUGGACAUCUUACAUAUCAUUUGGGACUUGCGUGACUCCUUUAGACGUAUUGUGUUCCAAUUCCAUAUUCGUGAGUCUAACUUCUGUGCAGAUUUUUUGGCUGGUUUCGCUUACACAAACCAGGAGUUACAUCUGUGUAUUUCUAGUGUUCCUAACCUUUUGCCUGACCUCCUGCAUAAGGAUGCAGUUGGACACCGUUAUUUUAGGUUGUAG